CUCGCUCCCCCCACUCCUUACCAAGUACUCUUCUAGGAGUUCGACGAGUUCCCUCCAUCCCGGCCCAUUACUUGGUCAUUGACAUUCAUUCUUGCCUUGGGUUUUGGAACCCUGCCCUGAAGGACUCGCCCGGAUCGUCUUAUAUAUACCCGGCUUUGUACAGCGGUUGUAGGUUGCCUGCUCGCCCAAUGUCCAGCCAUUCUUGGUAUUGGAGCUGCACCUAUGACCUGUCGGCUCAACCAGCCUACUCUUGAACACCCUGAUUGACUCGCAAACCGAUCGACCGAGUGUGAUCGUUUUCACAGCUCUGUGAGAGUAUCCGGUGAAAAUACUCUUGUAUUGCGUCCUUGUCAUCGAUAAACGUGUCCCCUGUCGAAGAUGCUUUCGCAGCGGCGCAUUAAGCUUCUGGCCAUCGCCGUGCUGGUGAUGAUCCUCAUGGCCUUUUACUAUUCGAGCGAAGCACGGAGUGUCCAAAAUCAACAAUUCUAUCGGUCAACCGUCGCAGCAAUGGAAGCUCGAAAGCAGGCCAAGGAAGCUGGGACCGCAGCAAAUAUCCCCGCACAAAAAGAACAGACCCGUCCGAAGCCGAUUGAGGAAGAGAUGAAGCCGGUAAUGAACAACGACCGGGAAGAACCAGCCAUUCCCAAGGCCAAUGACGCGGAAGAAAUGGAGGAGAUCCCGAUUGCGGGUCGCACGAAGAUGACGAUACCCAAAAACCGAAAUGAUCUGGAGAAAGAGACGUCGGAACAGCCUCAAGUCCAAGAGCCUGAGAGAGAUGAUCACGCGACCGCGGUGGCGGAACUGAAUGGGAUACUGAAACGGGCACCAAUUAUUAUCUUUUCGAAGUCCUACUGCCCGCACAGCGCCCGAGCGAAGUCCAUCCUCUUAGAGAAAUACUCCAUUGUCCCUGCGCCUUUCGUCGUGGAACUGGACCAGCAUGAGCUGGGCCGACCACUGCAGACGUUGCUGGGGGAGAAUACCGGGCGUCACACGGUCCCGAACGUGUUGGUGAAUGGGAAGAGCAUUGGAGGAGGGGAUGAUGUGACAGCCCUCGACCAGAAGGACGAAUUGGCGUCAACAUUGAAAAGCUUGGGGGGCAAGUGGGUCCAGGAGGUCCGUCGCAAAGAAUGAAGCCACUAUAGAUAGACACCUGGAUGUCUAUGGCCGGAGUGACUGGGACAUUCGGAAGGGGAAUCUGGUUUUCCGGCCAUCAUUCUGGCCAUCGGAACCGUGGUUUCUGUUAUUGGCAUCGAGGGCUGGUCUGAUCUCUAAUGGGGGGAGUUGGCUCGGAGCAAUUGGGAUUACAUGGAAGAUGGGAUUCGGUGUGGUUGGAUUGUGCUUUCUCAGUACAUAGUUGGUUUGACCGGGUGAUCUAGUACGUAGUAUAAUAUCUAAUCAUGCAUGUGAUUUCUAGGAUGGGAUAUUCCUGCCGCGAUGCUGCGAAGAGAGUGAUAGUUGUGUAUGGAGAUAGGAAGAGAAGUACUCCGUAUAGUACUUGGGUAUGCUGCCAGCCGGGGGGGGGAAGGAACAACGG